GGUGUGUUGAUCGUGUUAUGUAGGGAAAGAUGUCAGCCAAGCAUCUUACAGAGCAGAUUAAGCUGCACUUCAUCGUAGAGGGCGCCGCGGGGAAGUUUGCAUUCAAGGGAUCAAAGCACUGGAAGUGCAAGUACUGUGAGCAUCGUUUUACCGGGACUGCGACGAAGCUCAAGGAUCACUUCCUCGACAAGUGCAACCUUGACUAUUGCAUGACAAAAAUGCCAGUGGAGGAGAGGGCAAGGAGGGAAGAGGGGAUAAGGCAGGGGAAGUGGGUUGCUCAUGUGUUGAUGUAUGGAGAGGCCGGAGGGUCCGACCCCAGCAAUUCGCGGACCGCCGCCGCUGAGGUCCCUGAGUUUCCUAGCUCACAGGCGGGUGCAACAGGCAUCACUGGCGAAACACCCACACCUCACUCGACCGCAGACACAGUUCUUGGAUCGAAGUCUUCCAAGGCAGUUUCCAGGGGACCUUUGCGACAAACAUUGAUCGAGGAGGCUGACAAUAUCGGAUCGGAUGCAGUCGUCGGUGUCGUCAUGGACAAUGCAGGGGUGUGCGUCAAGGCAGGGAAGAUGGUGGAGGCCGCCUAUCCUAACAUCUUUCGCGUCAGAUGUACUGCCCAUGCACUCAACCUUGCACUGGAGGACAUGUACAAGGAUAUGGCUUGGAUGGCGAAGGUGGUUAAUGCUGGGAACAGGGUCGGCAAGUUCUUCACGAAUGUGGACAAGGUGAGGGCUAUGUUCAACAACUACUUACCGAAAACGAAGUUGAAGCGCCUGACGACAACCAGAUUUGCCACCAACUUUGAGAUGCUUGGGUCUUUGAAGGACCUCAAGAACGCACUGGAUCGAUGUGUCUGUGAUGCGGGAUGGGUGGACAAGAUGGUACAGGCAGACCAGUUGGUGGCAUUGAACGAGGUGACGACUAUCAUUCUCGACAAGGGCAAGUUCUUGAGCAACCUCAACAAGGCGCUCGAUGUGAUGAAGCUUGUGGUGGAGCUGCUUCGGCUGGUGGAUGGUCAAGGACCGACCAUUUCGAAGGUGUACGUCAAAAUGAAUAUGGUUGUUCAGCGCAUACGUGCCCUCGAUUGCCUUUCAAGUGAGGAGCACGAGGCAGUGGAGUGCAUCCUCAUAAACCGCUGGUCAUUCAUGGCCAGCGAGCUGCAUUGUGUUGCAACCUUCCUAGAUCCUGAGCACCGAAUGCACAACGCGCAACGCGAUCCGGAGGUCCGUGCAGGGUUCAACAUUUGGUUGUACUCCUGGAUGCCACGAGAUAAGCUGAAGGAAGUGAGCUUCCAGGUUGACCAGUGGGUGAACGGCUUGGGAGGGUUAUCCACCGAGCAAGCGCGCGACCAGGCCAGCCGGCAGCCACCAGCUUUGUGGUGGGAGGCGUUCGGCUCCAAACACGACCUCCUCGCACCGCAAGCCAUCAAAUUGCUUGGCCAGGCAAACUCUUCAGCCGCUUGCGAGUGGAACUGGAGCUUGCAUGAGCUCACCUGUGGUAGGAGGCGCACGAAGCUCAUGCCGGAGAGGAUGGCCAAGCUUGUGUACAACAACCGGAAUGUCCGCCUUCUGAGGAGUAACCAACGUGGCGGGGGGGAUGAUAUCCACAUCCCAUGGGCAGAUGACGUCCCGGUGGAAAAGGAGAUGGAGGAGUGGUACGCAGAUUGGUUGAAGCGUGUCCAUGGAGACGUGGACGAGGAAGAGGUCGUCGUGGUGGAUGUUGAUGAUGAGGAAGGUGAGUUUCCACUGCGGCGCACCUUCCAGUGCAACGAUGAGGUUGAGGAGAGGCUGUGUGACGAGGAGGAUUCUGAUCUCGUCGGUACGCGGCAACGUGAUUGGCAUGAGUGCACGAAGCUAGGGAAAUACCGCGAGCGAGAGUUGCGUAGGAGAUCAGGCAGUGAGCUGGCCGUGCCUCCAGAGUUGUACACAGUGGAGGGCUACGCAUUUGCGAUGGCAGCUCGACAAGCGGGCACAUGGGUGAAGGGCCGGGCGGAGGGACCACGGAGUAGGCGCAAAAACAAGGGCAAAGAGAAGGAUGAUGGGAACACGCCCGUGCAGCGAGGCAAAAGGAACGCUCUUGAGCCAGAACAACCGCGACCGAAGAGAAGUCGUCCGACAUUGGCGGAACAGGCAGAACGCAGAGCACAAAAGGCCAUAGAGAAGGCUGCUAAGGCAGCAGCUGAUGCCGCUGCAGCGAAAGCUGUUGCUGUCAAAGCCGUUGCGCACAAAGCCAAAGCAGCAGUGAGAGCCGAUGCAAGGAAUGUUGUUGCAGGCAAGACGAAGAGAGUCGCCGUCAUAAAUGAUGACGACGAUGAUGAUAUACUGGAAGACAUUCGGGGAGACGAAGAACCCGAAGGCUCAACAUCGACUUCUUCCAGCUCAAGUUCCUCAUUAGAGUCCAGUGGGAGGAAGGGAAUGAAGAAGGGUGAUGAUGAAGGAGUAGGUGAGGGUGCGGCAGAUCAGGAGGAGAGCGGGGAGGAAGAAUGAGAAAAGGCGGAUUAGGGUGCAGUGGUGCACCCAUUGUUCUCUUUUUCUCAUCCGACUGACAUAUGAAUUUCAAACUCUUCAUAAGUUCAUAACUUCAUAUCAGUUUUUGUUAUUUUUUCUCUUGUGUUCCCUGUUUUUGUUGUAUGUAAUGCAUAUCUAAUUGUUUCCUGUGUUUUUUUGUGGUGUCAUGUCGCCGCUCGAUUGCAUGGAUGCAUUGGAUGCUAUGACUACUGCGUCUUCACACUCUGAAUGCAGGUGAGUGUUACAUUCCCCCUUCAACCCCUCCAAUUACGAAAAAAAAAAAACAGGAAGAAUGACGCCAAUUACGAAAAAAAAAAUAAAUCAGAACAGGAAGA